GUGCUGAAUUCUUGGCAUUACUGCCCAUCUGACAACAUUAAAAAAUAUUACAAUCACAGAUUUGGCUAAUUAAAAGCAGUCCAGUGUCCCCAUUAAGGAACAACAGCCAGGGACUUAGUAAAGUGAGGACAGAAGGUAUGUGCAGUAUCAUGGAGAAGCAUGUGGAAUACAAACACAGGAAGGAGACAAGAAAAGCAAAGAUCUGCAUAAAGCUCUUCAGUGAAAAAAUAAGUGGAGCAGAAGGAACAAAGUUAGAUGAGGAAUUUCAAGAGAUGGAAAGGAAAAUUGAUAUUACUAAUAAAGCUGUAACAGAGCUUCUGUCCAAAUCCACGGAGUACCUUCAGCCAAAUCCAGCAUACAGGGCCAAGCUGGGAAUGCUGAACACUAUGUCAAAGAUCAGAGGACAAGUUAAAGCCACAGGCUACCCCCAGACAGAGGGACUCCUGGGAGACUGCAUGAUACGGUAUGGCAGAGAGCUGGGCGAUGAGUCUAUGUUUGGCCUUGCACUACUGGAUGCUGGUGAGAGCAUGAAGCAAAUGGCAGAAGUGAAGGACUCUCUUGAUAUUAAUGUCAAACAAAAUUUUAUUGAUCCUCUACAGUUAUUGCAGGACAAAGAUUUGAAAGAGAUUGGGCAUCACUUGAAGAAACUGGAAGGGCGCCGCUUGGAUUACGAUUACAAAAAGAAGCGUUUUGGAAAGAUACCGGAUGAAGAAGUUAAACAAGCAGUAGAAAAAUUUGAAGAGUCAAAGGAGCUGGCUGAAAGAAGCAUGUUCAAUUUCUUAGAAAAUGAUGUAGAACAAGUCAGCCAGUUGGCCGUGUUUGUAGAGGCAGCACUCGAUUACCAUAAACAAUCCACAGAAAUUUUGGAGGACCUGCAGAGCAAGCUGCAAAACCGGAUAAAUGUAGCAUCUAGUCGGCCUAAGCGGGAAUUUAAGCCAAAGCCUGUAAUAACUACAACUCUGGAAAUUGGUGAUAAUCAGCAGCACAAUGGGAUUGCCUAUAGUUCUUCCAUAAAAUCAUCAGGUUCUUCAGUGCACAUGGAUCAGCCUUGCUGCCAAGCUCUCUAUGACUUUGAGCCAGAAAAUGAAGGCGAGCUUGGAUUUAAGGAAGGGGACAUCAUAACUUUGACCAAUCAGAUCGAUGAGAAUUGGUAUGAGGGGAUGUUAAAUGGAGAGUCUGGCUUCUUCCCCAUUAAUUAUGUUGAAGUGAUAGUUCCCUUGCCUCAGUGAUCGUGUCAUUCGAGCUGUGAACAUGAUUUCAUGACUGAAAUGGAUUCACAAAUGUUCUGUCAGUGUGGCAUUCUGUGAAAGCCUUGCUAUUUGACUGACUUACUGACUUUUGUAUGCGUCUUUUUAAAAUGUAUUUAUUUUAUAUUCAAAAAAAUUUCACCUUCCCUGAUUUGUCAACCUGCAAAAAAACCCAUACCCAGUUUUUUUGCUUUGUGCCUUGAAGAUCACUGUAUGAAGUGUUUACUGGUAGCUCACUGUUGCUCCAAAACUGCAUUUCCUUGCUAUUAUUGUAUGUGAUUUUUUUUAAUCUUUGGCUGCAAUGAUUUUACUAUUGAAAACCAUUUUAAAAAAAUACUGUUAGUGAAGCUAACUGUAACCAGUUCCUCAGUUACUGAUGUCCUUGAGCUGUUUUCAUCUAUCACACCAUAAUUUAUUGUGAACAAGUUAAUUCAUCUUUUGCAUUGUAUGUUGACAAAAGGCAAAGUGGUUGUUGUCAAUAUUAAGAUGAUGUUGUACUAAGUACAAGUUCUCAGCAUUGAAAAUUGGUAUAAUUUACUGACCAAACUGAAUAAAUAUUUCUGUGGGAUAAAAAAA